AUGAGCAAACCACCACCAAACACAUCAACAGGCCACAAAAUCCUCCGCCCAGACAUCGCCAAAGCACUCUCCCGAAAUCAAAAACCGAGCACCGCCAGCACCAUCCCCGAACAACCCCCAACAACAUCCCCCUACCAUGCCUCCGAUCCCGUAGGGCCCACUCUAUCUCGCCGAACAUGGCUCUCAAGAUUCACUUCCCAAUUCACCGCAAACCUCCGCACCCGUUACGCAGCCCUCCCACAUCCCAUCCGCCGAUCGAUGCGCGUAGCCCGGGUGCUCGCGCCACUCCUCCCCAUCUCGCUCUGGUUCUCUGAACAUGUCUGCCAGGUUAUGUGGGUGCGUGGGCCGUCGAUGACGCCGUAUCUAAAUGAGAAUUAUGAGGAGAUGAAUACAGCGAGCGAUAUGGUGCUUGUGAAUAUGUGGCCGUGGGAGAAGAUUUGGCCUGGGCAGACUUCGAGGAGGCUUGAGCGGGGGAUGGUUGUUACAUUUCGAUCCCCCGCAAACCAGAACCACAUCGCCAUCAAACGCAUAAUCGGCCUCCCCGGCGACAGGAUCACAACACGCGAACCAUGUCCAAAACUCUCCCAGAUCGUCCCCUUCAACCACGUUUGGCUAGAAGGCGACGCCGCUGAUCCGCGCAAGUCAUUGGAUAGUAAUACCUACGGCCCUGUGAGCGUCAGUCUAAUCACUGGUCGCGUGAUGGCCGUCCUGGGGCCUUCGAAUAGGCGGCGGUGGUUGGAUUGGGAGGGGUGGGAGGAUGGAAGGGUCGAUGGUGCGGAGCCGGAUGAUGUUUUUGGGAAGAAUUAUCGGUGGGAGGUUAGGGGGAGGGUUGGAAAGGAGGCUGUGAAGAUUGAGAGGCCGCCACUGGGAUGA